GUUUGCUGGACAUUUAGGGCCGAUUGUACAUUGGUGGCUUAAGCCAUGGCUUAGUUGAACCGGGUUCAAUUUUGAGCGUCGGUUUAACUUCUUUCGGGUUGUUCAAUGACGAGUUUAGUUAAGCCGAGGCUCAUACAAAUUUUGGUAAGGUUGGCAACGUAACGCAUGCUUUUUCGAUUAGAGGUUAAAUCAAUUCUCGUUAUAAAAUCAAUUUUCAUUUUCCCGCGAUUUGUCUCUUGUUUAGCACGUUGUUUAUUAGUUGUUGAAAUAAUAUUCUUUUAUGUAAUUAAUAUAUUAGUUUUAUCUGUAUUUUCUUAUUGUUUAGUUAUUAAUCAUGAAUUUAGUUUAUUAGUUAUUACUGUAGUUAUUGUUUAAUCCUGUAAUUUUAUUUUAUUUAGAUCUGGUGAGUAGGUAUUCUUUUGUGUUAACCUUAAGUUUUAUCUGUAUUUUUAACGUUAAUUUAAAGUUUAUUAAGUAGUCAUUAGUUUGCCUUAGUUAUUCAUAUUAGUUUUUUAGUAGUAGUAGUAGUUUAUUAAUAGUCAUUAGUCAUUUGUAAUUCUGUAGUUUUGUUUUAUUUACAUAGUUCUUGUGAAUAUUCUUUUAUAUUAAUAUUUAGUUUUAUCUGUCUUUAUUAACAUAUUAAGUAGCCAUUAGAUUAUUAAGUAGUCAUACUUGAUUCCUUUUAAUCAUUUUUUACCUUUAAUUUGCAAAUAGUUUUUAUAGGUAAGUAUAUUAUGAUAAUCUUGCAAUGUGUUUAUUUUUAUAAUGUGAAAAAUUAUUUUUAGAAUCAUUUAUAAUGGACUCAAAAAGAGCCCCAAACUUCACCUCGCAAGAGGAAAAAAUAUUAGUGGCUAUGGUCAAAAAGUACAGCCAUAUAAUAGAAAACAAAAUGUCUAAUGUAAAUAUUAGCAAUCAGAAAAUGAGAACAUGGUCAAAAAUUGAGGAAGAAUUUAAUUCCUCAGUCGGUACAAGUUUUCGCGAUAUUAAAGUACUUCGGAAGAAGUAUGAAAACAUCAAAAAGAGAACAAAGAGGAAGUUUGCUGACGAGAAAUCCCAUGUAUUGGGUACAGGUGGAGGUUCGCAGAUGGACACAAAACUUGACGAUAUAGAUAUGGAUAUAAAAGAAAUUCUGGGCACCCGACUGGAAGGAAGGGCUACAGAAUUUGAUGGAGAUGUCAAGGACCAGCCAGAUGAGGUGUACAACAGUUAUGUUGAUGAUGAGGCAGAUAGUGAAAGUGAGGUACCAAUGUUACAUAGCAAAUAUGAUUUAGAGUGGAACAUGGUGGAUUACAUGUAUGUAGAUCCAAAACAAUCCACUAGCAGUGGACCAAAUAUUAAUACACCAUCUACUAGUAGUGAACAGAACAUGUUUGGUGAACCCUCUACUUGUAGCGGACUACAAAUAAGUAGCGACAGUACAUUGACGAAAAGGGAGACACCAAAAUUAAAAAGCAUUCGAUUAAAACCUGUGGUAAUAGAAGAACCACCCACUAAUAGCGGAGCGAAAAUAAGUAGCGACAGUACAUGGAGAAAGAGCGAGCCACAAAAACUAAAAUCUAAUCCGUCAAAGCCAUUGGUGGUAGAAGAUAGAAAACAAUCCAAAGCCAGCACUAUUACAACAAAGCUGUCACAGUGGGCAGCUGCAAAAACAAGUAUAGAGGAGUUCAAAAGAACGCGCUUAGAAGAAGAGUAUAAGCUCAAACUUGAUCUCCUAAGACAAGAAUCAGAUGCAAGAGUGGCAAUGAUAAAAGAGGACCAGAAAGCUAAGACAAAAUUAAGAAUAUUGGGCACACAGCCAAAUUUGACAAAGGAGCAAGUCAAUGAAAUAUUUAAGAAAAUUUCUGAUAUGGAAUAGAUGUGUGUGGGUAUACUUGGUUUUGUUUUAGUAGGAAUAUAUAUAUUUUAGGCUUCUCUUUGAUCCUCUUUUAUUGGUAUUCUCAUACAUAUCUCUUUUGCUGCAGAUUUUCCAAGUGUCUUGUCUAAUUUUCAGUAUUUGGAUUUUUUCAUCUCUCAGUUCAUUCUGGAGAUAUGCUAUUUUUCUGUGCUUUUUUUUUCUCUUAGUGUGUAACCACACGUGUGUUUUCUCUUAUGUGUAACCACACGUUGACUAUUCUGGAGCUAUUUCCUCAUGGCAUCAAAUGUAAAUUACUAAUUUAUUUGGGAAAUAAGCCACAAUUUAAGUUUGAAAUUAAAUUUUUUAGACGUUUUCCAUUUCGGAACUCAUCAAGUCUUCUAAUAAUUUAAUUUAAUCCGACACGUUCAUAUUAUUAAUUAUGAUUUACACUUAAUUUAAUUAAGUAAUUAGGAAAGUAUUCAUGCCUCUAACAAAAUCUUGUUAUAUUAUUGUCUACUUCUCUUUCUCCUCCAUCAGAACAGUUUCAUUUUCUACCUUUAGUAAUGCCAUUGCAGCUUCCUCUUUUUCAUCUAGUAUGGGUAAAUGGCAUUGCAAUAUUGUGUAACACUGAUGUUGCAAUUAUAAUUCCUUUUAUGCAUUCUAGGUUUACCUUUAUUCCAAGGACCAAUAAAAGAAACUGCUGUUUCCAUAUCCCCAAAUGUCCUUUCUAUUGGAUUCCUGGUUUCUAAUUUGUGACUCUUAAAUAAAUUUUCAGCUGGUGAUUGAAUAUUGAGUAAGGAUGUUAUCAGGUAUUUAUUGACUCCAUAACCACUAUUGCCAAUCAAAAGAUACUAGUCCAGUUCUUCACAUUCUCUUCUUCUACAUAACUUUAUAGAUAUGUUAUUAUCAAAAGCACCCAAAAAUGUUCAAGAUUUUUUUAUUCUAGGGAAUUGGGUAGGGCAUUUAAAUAAUUUGUAAUGUAAAUUAGUUCGUUUAAUGAUUAAAAAAGGUAAUAUGUAUAAAAGUAUU